GCUGCACAAUUUGGAUGUGAAUUUGCAAAGUGACUGCGGAAGGCCUAUGUAAACCUGGUUAUUACUGGAAAUAUUUUGCACCCGAAUACGUCUCAGCCAAUCGCGACGUUCAGGAAAACCCGUUGUCUAUUUUUUGUUCGUGUAAAAUACAGUAAUAACAAGCCUCACAAUAAGGUGAAAAUCUGGAAAAGCAUGCGGGACUGGCUGGCAGACUGAGGGCUGGUGAAUGGAGGUCACCGCAGACACUGAAUGAGUCUCAGCGGUGAGACAGAGAGGGGGAGAGGGAGGACGGACAGCGGCCAGCCGCCUUCAAAAAUGGCGUCUCCGGAGGAAAAUGAGUAAAAAAUAUUAAAACGCGGCCUGCUUUCUUUACACUUCCUCGUUCGGUUUUUAUGCUUUUUUCGUACUCUUGCUAUAUUUUUCCCGGCGCGGGAGAAACUCGUCGUCGCCUUUACUUGAAUGGCCAAAGAAAGCAGAAAUACGGGGAGCGAGCAUUUGGGGAAAUAAAAGCAGCCCUGUUUUAUUUUGAUGCGUCGUUACUGACAGCUAGCAUCUGCUGCUAGCCCACAGCUCUGCUCCGGAGGGGGGUGGGAACGAUUUGCAUGCAAAGAAAAAAAAGAAAAGAUUUUGAAAUUGGGGAUUUCUUUGCUCGUCUGUGGGGAAUGGUUGCUACCAACGUGGCCUGUCGAUUGCAAUCCUUUAUAGUGCUAGCAGCGUAGCAGAAACUAGCCUAAAGAAAGGGGAGGAGAGACGGUGAAAAAGGACGCAUUCAAAUCAAAUGUUUAUCAGCAAUUCGUCCAUCACCGGCCAAAUCCGCCGCAUCUUCAUCAUGACCGUGACUGAUUUUGGACUAAAUCUCCAUUCGUGGAAAUGAUAAAUCUGAAAGGCGAAGGAAAAGGAGAAAGACUGGCUUUUUUUGGAGGUGGUUGGAUUAUAACCCCGUAGACCCCCCUCUUUUUUCAUCCAGCUUUCUCCUCCUCCCCUCCAUUUCUCUUUCAAUAUGCUGUUUUCCACUCCUGAGGACUUGCUUAUGAAACCGGGAAAAAUAGCCUGAAACCGAGAAAGGGAAAGACUGGAUUUUUUUCCGUAAUCUGCUCUGCGACGUUGUCGUUGCUUUCGUCCUCAUCGCACACAUUGUACACCACAUAAAUGGAUAGAAAUUACCCGGGAACAGGAUUUGGUGAUUUGGGCGCAGGAGCAGGAUGGAGUUACGAGAGAUCGGCAAAAGCAAGUCUUGUAUACGGGAGUUCCAGAUCAUCCCACCCUGAGUCUGAGCUCCUUCACCGACAAGCCUACGCCACCCCACACCCUCUGCAGGGCUAUGCCACCAAUCACCACCCUGGGAGCUCUGGCCAAGGCGGGGCUUGGGGAGCAGCUGGACGGAGUUUGGGUCUGUCAGGGCUCUUUGACACUGGCCUGCACCAUGCCAGCCCCUCUGCCCCCGAUGCCUCCGUCAUGAAUCUGAUCUCAGCCCUGGAGUCCCGGGGUCCCCAGCCUCCGCCCUCUGCCUCCUCCCUUCUUUCCCAGUUCCGCACACCAUCCUGGCAGACAGCGAUGCAUACGCCUGCUCCUCCUGAACUAUUCAUCUCUGGAGCCCUUCCUGGCUCUGGCUCCUUCCCCUCCUCCUCAGCUCUCUCAGCCUAUCAACAUCCAGCAUCCUUCUCCAGCCGUUCUUUCCCUGCCGCCUCCCUCUCCCUCCAGGACACGCCUACGUUUAGCCCCACAUCCAAUGGCUUGCUCUCCCCACAUGACCCCCUACUACACAUCAAGGCUCCUUCCCAGUCUAGCCUGGGUUUUGAUAGACUCCUGUCCUCGCAGGGUGCUGCUGCAGCUGCCUACAGGGGCAGCCAGGAUCCCACAGGAGCCACAUCAGCCCAGGCGUCAUCUGCCAGGCACCUGCAGUCCCACCAGUUCAACCUGCUGUCAUCACAGCUCCAGGACCAGUCCUCCCAGCUGUAUAAUGCAUCAGUCUUUUCCUCAGCCCAGCCCCAGCCUCAGUCCCAGUCUCAGUCCAAUUCGGCUCAGGAACGGGCUGUUCCCCGGCAGGACAGCGUUAUCAAGCACUAUCAGCGGCCCACGCCAGCUCAGUCCCAGCUCUCGUCCUCUGCUGCCCACUCCCUUCAGCACUACCUCAGCUGUGGAGGGGCGGGGUACCAGCAGAUAGCCACCCACCACAGACAUGCUGGCCUUUCUUGCAGCCCACUGGGCGACCAGAGCCCUUCAUCUGACCACAAGCCCACCUCUCGCACUGAGCAGUAUCGGCCAAUCAUCCAGCCUCCCUAUUCCUCAUCGUCUUCCUCCUCGUCCUCGUCCUCAGCUGGGAAAGGCACCAAAAGCAGCUCAAGCAGUGGCUAUUCCUCUGCCAGUUCAGCUUCAUCCUCAAGAACUCCUCACACACCCCCUUCUGCUUCCUCUACCUCCUCUUCCUCCUCCUCUUCUUCUGCCACUUCAGGUGCUCAUCCUUCAAACUCCAUCCCCACCUCCAGCUCCAGUGCAGCCCCUUCCAGGCAACAGCCACCCCCUCAGCCAGCUCCGCCUCCCCCGGCUCCUCAGCAGCAGCAGCAGCCCCCUGCCACCUCAACCUCAGCUCCCCAGUCUCUCCCCAAAUCUUGCCUCUCAGGCUAUGGUUCUCCUGUGCCACCAGUGAAGACCCCCACCUCUGCUCUUACUGGCCAGACCCCACCCCAACAACAGACACAGUCAUAUUCCCCUAAUCAGCCGCCUACUUCCCACCUGGCUCAGUCCUACGGAGGCUUCAGUUCACCACAAGCCCAAGACCUGAGCUCAGGUACUGCUGGGAAAGGCUAUGGGAGUUUAGGAGGGCGAAGCCAAUCAUACUCCACUGAUAUAUAUGGAGCUGACUCUGCUUAUGGAUCACUUCCAUCUUCUCUGGGUGGAGCUGGAAGCCCGUCACUAGGCUACGGCGCCCCAGGUCACUCCCCUGCUCUUUUAAGAUCAAGUGGUUCAUCAGGUAGUGGAGCAUCUGGAGGAGGAAGCAGCAGCGGUACGGGAAGUGGGAACUCUGGCUCAGGAGGAGGAGCAGGAAAUAGUAUGACAAAUGAGAGAGGUGGAGGAGGUAGUGGUGGAGGGUCGUAUCAUAUUCCAGAUUCCAGCCCCUCUCCAUCAGGCAACUCAGGCAUCAUCCGUCCAGGGUUGCACUCCCCAGUGCCCACCUGCCCCACACAAUCUCCAGGAGGUGCAGGCUCUAAUAAAUACAUUUCCUCCGUUCUCUCUCCAACCUUCCUAGCCUCCCCACAGGGCUACCCUGACACCAGAGGGCCCAGCUCCCAACCCCAGUCCUAUCAUUCCACUUCCUCCAAAACAAAGGCGGACACUUCCAUGCUAGGAGUAGGCUCUCAGAGAACCCAAGAGGAAGUGGAUGAUGACGAUGAGUUCUUGAUUCAGCACUUGCUGCAAGCCCAAGCAAGUCCUGCUCCCCAGGCUGCUCAUCACCAUCCUCAACAACCACCCCAACAGGCAUCCCAGCAAACACAGCCUCAGACUCAGUCAGUGCCCCCAACUACUGAUUCAGGCAAAGGGCUGAGCUAUGACAUGGGUAAGACCUCUGAGGAGAGGUACCAUCCCCAGAGUGUCAUACGUACCCACAGUGCCACAUCCACUGCCGGGGUAGGAAACGCAGGGUCCGGAGGGUCCAUCUCAGGACUGGACAACCAGCUGGAGAUGUCACUGAAGAAACAACAGCAACAACAUCAACAGCACCACCAUCCACAGCAACAACAGCAGCAAAGGAACGAGCGGUCUGUUGGAAGCAGCAGAAGCAGCGGAGGGAGAGGCAGCGCUGAACAAGUGCACUCCCAUCUCCAUCACCAUGACAACCUCGGCUCGGUAGUCCACUACGGGCGGGGUGACCCAUACAGUCAACACUCCCUUGCCCCCCAACACUCCUCACAUAGUCAGCAUGUGUCCUCUCACUCACAGAUACCGUCCCACAGCCAAAUGGAGCUCCAGAAGAAGCCACAGGAGCGCGCUGAAAUCCCUUAUCCUCGGAAAACCCCCGAAGUCCAGCAGCAGCAUUCCCAGUCUCAAGCUGCUGCCUCCCUCAUGGACUCCCCCACCGAUCAGUCCCGUCAGCCGCCACACCUGCUCCAGUCGGUGCUGUCCCACACCACCCGCAACAAACUGGAGCCUCAUCAGCAGCACCACAAAAUGGACUCUCAUCGGCAACACCAACAGCACCACAAAAUGGACUCCCACCAACCGCAUCAACAACACCCAAAAAUGGACUCCCACCCUCAGCAUCAACAGCAUCAGAAGAUGGACUCCCAUCAGCAUCAGCAGCACCACAAAAUUGACUCUCACUCGCAACAUCAACAGCACCAUAAAAUGGACUCUCAUGCCCAACAACAGCAGCACUCUAUUAGCCAACAGCAAGCUGUAAUGGAAAGUGCUGGUGGGAGACUUGGCUCAAGUAAACACCAGGCGCAGUCUCAGUCCCAAACCACCCAGCUCCAGCUUCAGCUCCAGUCCCAGGCUUUGGAGGUGGCAGCUGCUCACUACAACCACGGGCCCCCUCCACAUCAGCACGAGCAGAGCCAGGUCAAACAAAGCUCAGUGGUGUCUUCCCUGGACAUGCUGGAGCGCUCCCUUUCUCAGACCUCCAGCACAGACGUAGCUGUUGCAGAAGACCGACGCGGUGGAGCGGGCAGCGGGGGAAGGAGUGGAGGUAGCAGCGAGCGCCACAGACAGCAGCAGCAGCAGGAGCAGCACCCAUCCCACCAUCAGCCGCAGCAAACCCACCACUCGCAGCAACACUCAGCCUCCGAACUCCACUCUUUCCUCUCUGAGCCCGACAUCAGCUUAUCCACCCCGUCUCACAUGCACCAUCUCUCCCAGCACCACUCGCAGCAGCAGCAACAACAGCAGCACCCCAGCUCUCAACACCAACAAACCCACUCUCACCACCCUCACAACCAGCCCCCACUCCCUCACCACAUACCCCCGCCUUCUGCCUCAGCCCACUCCCAGCAUCAGCCCGACCCGCAGGAGCCACUGUCAUCCCAGCUCACCCCUCAGCAGAGCCAGCUGGACCAGCAGCGCUCAGAGCAGCACCAGUUUGACACAGUCAGCCCAGUGGAGAAAGCAGACCAGAAUCAACAAAGUAAUCGCUUUGUACCGCUAACUUCUAUCUGCUUCCCGGAUUCCCUCCUUCAGGAUGAGGACCGCUCCUUUUUUCCAGGUAUGGAAGACAUGUUUUGUGCAGAGGACUACAAGUCGAGCUGCGCUGGAGGUGCAGGUCCAGGGCAGGGGGAGAUGAAUGAAAGCCACACUGGGCAGGAGGGAAUGGAUUCCAUGAAAGCAGGACAGAGUGGAGGUGGAGCAGGGGGAAGUGCUGGAGCUAGCUAUGACAUAAUGGGUCACCAUGGUGGAGAUCAGGGUUAUGAACCAUACUGCCAUGGUCUGGAAGAACCCAGCAACAACACCAUGACUCUGGAUCUAGACUCCCUUAAAACUCAUGAGCUCCCAUCCACUGUCAACACCGAACAGCUGGGAUUGAUACAGUCCCAGGCACCAGCUAUGGGUAUGGGUUCCAAUACUGCUGGUCCCAACAACGCUGGAGCUAAAAUGUCCUCUGGGCCUGGAGGAGCUAACGCAGGGGCCGGCUCUGGAGGCCUCCAGUCUCCCAUUUUCUGUUCAUCUCGUCCCAAGAAGCUCCUCAAGUCCAGCUCUUUCCACCUGUUAAAGGAGCGCCGGGACCCCAACACACUGCCUAAGAAAAGUUACGCUCAAGAGUAUGAGUUUGAAGAUGAUGAGGAUAAAGCGGACCAGCCAGCUGAUAUCAGGUUGAACAGCCGGAGGCUCCCGGACCUAUUGCCAGACUUGGUGUCCAGCUGCAGAAAAGGAGGAGGCAGCGGGUCUCUCAGCCCUUUGAUGGGUGACAUCGACUUCUACCACUCCUCCGGCUACUCCUCUAUGGGUUCACACUCUCUUCUGCCUCAGGAUGGACCCAAGAAGAGGGGCAGAAAGCCCACUAGACCCAAGAGAGAGGGCCCCCCUAGGCCAAGAGGCAGGCCUCGCAUCCGCCCAAUGCCUGAGCCGUACACUCCGAGAGGGAUGAUGGGGGAGAUGGGUGGAACAACAGUAGGAGGAGGAUUCAAUGUGGAGGGACGAGGUAGAGGUAGGGGUCGUGGAAGCCGAGGUAGAGGAGGAAGGAGGGAGGAUAUGUACAUGGAAAUGAGUGGGAAGGAGCAGGAUCAGAUGCACCACCAUCACCUACAUCAGCAGCAGCAGCAGCAGCAGCUCCAUCACCAGCCCCAACAGCAGCAACAUGAGCCUAUUCCACCUCUGAAGAUUAAAUUACCAAUUGGUACCCUGUCCUCCUCCGACGCCUUGCUGAGGACAGACUCUUUGUCUGGCACGGACCCUGCUUUGUCGGACGGCUCAGUGGGCUCAGCUCCCUCACUUGGUUUAAGUCCUGGACCCCCCUGCAGCACCGAAAGCUCCAGAAGUCAGGACAAGAACAAGCAGAAAAGCCAGAUGAUGGGUGAAGGAGUGGAUGACGAGGGGCUGGAGGAAAGGGGGGAUGAGAAGGACUCUGAGUCCAAGGCUGGUUUCGUUGCCUCAUUCUUGGACUUUCUCAAGACAGGGAAGAGACCUCCAGGCUUGGACAUCUCACCAGGAAUGGAACCUGAUAAUGGUGAAACCUCACCCUGUAAAUCAGGGGGUCUGCGCCCACUGUCUCCUGCACCUCCUCCUCCACCACCACCUCCUCCAUUCGGGGAUGGUGAGGGGAAUGGGGGUCUGGCUCUGGGCAACUGUCCCAGCCCCAAACGCUUGGAAGAUGAGCUAAAGAGGAACUUGGAGACGUUGCCUUCGUUCUCCUCUGAUGAGGAGGACUCAGUCGGAAAGAACCAGGACCUCCAAAAGAGCAUCUCCUCAGCCAUUUCUGCUCUGUACGACACUCCUCAGCUAACCUCUAAUAUCCAAGCCCCGCUACCUCCUCCACCUCCCCAGCCUCAGCCUCAGCCUCAACCUACCCAGGCCCCUCUUACUCCUACACUGCAACCCCCCACGCUCAGUCCACAGCCUGCCAUGCAUACUCCCCACACCCAGCCCCAGUCCAACGAACCUGAUAUCCUUCAGCCAGAAGAAGGAGACAUGGAUGAGAACAAGGAGGAAGAGAAUGAGGAGGAAAGAAGCACGGGAGGAGACGAAGAGAGCGAUAUGACAGAGGAGAGAGAACCACAGCUGGAAACCCUGGGUGCCCCUAAACUUGACGCGCCCCUCCCUGAGAUCCCUGCGGCGCCAACAACUCCUGAACCUCCCUCCAUCCCUCCAUCUCCCGCCACAUCCUCCUCUCCUUCUCACUCCCCCCUCCCUCCCCUCUCACUCCCCUCACCCCUGCCUCCACCAGAAGAACAACAAGAGAAUUCCCAGCCUCCAAGCCCUGUUGCUCCCACAUCUCCAUCUCCAUCUCCAUCUCCCUCUCCAUCUCCAUCUCCGCCACCUCUGCCCCCACCCGCUACUCUCCCUCAGCCUGCCACUCCUCCUCCGACUUCGCCUCCUCCCCCGCCUUCAACUCAGAAGGAGUCUCCCAUGCCAUCUCCGGAGUCGCCCGCCUCUCCCGAAGAGCCCCCGGCUCCUAAAAUCACCUCCCUGCACCUCGCCCAGAAGCAAGAGGAUGCUGCCAUCGUUGGAGAGAGUGAGGAGGACGAGAGCGAGAGCGGAGGGGAGGGCAUCUUCAGAGAAAGGGACGAGUUUGUGGUGCGAGUGGAGGACAUUCGAACUCUCAAGCUGGCCCUGCAGACGGGUCGUGAGCCUCCACCCAUCUGGAGGGUGCAGAAAGCCCUGCUGCAGAAGUUCAGCCCGGAGAUCAAAGACGGGCAGAGACAGUUCUGCGCCACGAGCAACUAUCUUGGCUACUUUGGAGAUGCCAAGAGGAGAUACCAGCGAAUCUAUGUCAAGUUUUUGGAGAAUGUCAAUAAGAAGGACUAUGUCAGAGUCUGCUCUCGGAGACCUUGGCGCAGAGCCACACCUGCUCUCAGACGCCAGUCCCUCCCCAGAAUGGCAUCCCCUCCCACUACCCAGCCGACUCCGAGAGCAGUGGAGAAAGAGGAGAGAGUAGCUCCGCCGCUCCAGCGCGAACAGAGGGAGAAAACAAGAACAGCAGCCACAACGACAGCAAAAGAACAACGGGAGAAGAAGGAGGCUCCAGCUGCGGUGCCCAAAGCCAGGGAGAGGGAGAAAGAGAGGGAGCACGAGAAGGAGAGGGAAAAGGAGAGGGAGAAAGAGAAGCGAGUACAGCCACAGCAGGAGAAAUUGGAGAAACGCGCUGCAGCAGCAGAACGAGGGAGAGCAAAGGAGGAGAAGAAAGUGGUGGAGAGGAAAGAGAAAGAAAAGGUUGAGCGCCCACCCAAGUCCAAGCCGGCCAAAGUGAAGGCAGAACCGCCUCCCAAGAAGAGGAAGAAGUGGCUGAAGGAAGUACCUUCAUCAUCAGACUCAGACUCAUCGGAUGAGGCAGCUAGUGAGAAUGAAAUGCCAGUGAAAGGUGGAGUGAACAACCGUGCCAUGAGGGAGAUGUUCAGGAGCUAUGUGGAGAUGCUGGUCAGCACGGCCCUGGACCCCGACAUGAUCCAAGCUCUGGAGGACACAGACGAUGAGCUGUACCUCCCACCGAUGAGGAAGAUUGACAGCAUCCUCAGCGAACAGAAGAGGAGGUUGUUGAGGAGAGUCGGCAUGAGCUCUCAGCACCAGGAGGUCCUGCAUGCUUACCCCCAGAUCAUUGUCGACCCCCUGGACACAGGAGUGGUGAGGGUGCGGCUAAGCGGGGACGCUUACAACCGCAAGACCCUCAACAGAGUCAAGAAGACCCUGCCUAAACCACAGGACCUUAAACUGUCGGCCGACUCAUAUCGGAUCUACAGUCUCUACCACUCCCUGCAUCACUAUAAAUACCACACCUUCUUACAGUGCAAGAAAGAGACCAACACCAUUGAGCAGGCAGCCGAGGACCCAGGCCAAGAGGAAGUAGUGCAGCAGUGCAUGGCCAACCAGAGCUGGCUGGACACCCUCUUCAGCUCCUUCAUCGAGCUGCUCACGCUCAGCACCAAAGCCUGAGCCAACUGCAGAAAGAGAGAGAGAAUUAAUUAAAGCAAGAGGAUUUAAAAAAAAAAAAAAAAAAAGAAGAGGAAAAUACAAAAACGGAAAGAGAUGGAUCCUACUGUACAGCCCCCCCGACCCUCUUCAAAUCUCUAAUAUCUGAGGAUGAAUUUUAAAGGCCCUUGACGAACAUAUGUGGGGUCUGUUCAUGUGACCUCAGACACUGGCCUCUGUUCUUUUUCUUGUUGUUGAUCAAUGACUUAAGAAAUGUCUUACUUUGUGAGAAGGGGGACCCCACCGGAUCAGGGGUCACUGGUGGGUCAAGAGGGAAUUGACCAUUGGUGAAAAGGGAGAGGCGCGAGGUGGAAGGACAAAGAGGAGGAGCCGUACCGCCAAGUCAACGGAGAAGCCACUGACAUCUUGUUAACUGUGUGUCAUAAAGACAAUAGUUCAAAGAGAAACUAUUACCGCUUAGUUUUUACAUAAAUUAUUUUUUGAAAAGACUAACAUCAGCUGUUGGCUUUUGAAAAGAGUGGAAGAGGGUGAGAAUGCUUUUUAAACUGCGUGUAGAGUGUGCCGUGAGCAGCGUGAACAUGGACUCGUCCACGGAUAGAAACAUGAAAUGUGUUAUUAAACGCUCUCCCUCUCAUCCUGUGCUAUGUGAAGGGCAGCACCAGUCAGCUGUGUGAUAAUAUAUAAACACAUUUUUAUUAUUUAUAUGAGGAGGUUUUUAACUUAAACUCUCACAAGCGCUGGGUUGCUGCCCUAACAUUUUAAAUACCUUUUUAUUUUCCACAGGUUCAGUAUACAAUCGUAACCCACAUAUCCAAGUCGUCUUCCCCUCUAUACAAAAGAACAGACGUUGAGACAGAAAUAUUGUAUCAAAUACAGUGGGUGUAAAAUAACAAAAAAAAGGAAGAAAAGAAAAAAAAGAAGAGAAUGGGAAAUUCUAUUUGAAACUUACAUUGUUGUGCUUCAGUUCAAUCAUCAGUCAUGCAGGUGCAAAGAAAAAGAAGUAAACUAUCCAUUUCCCAUGUGGGAAGGAGUAUAAAUAAGUAAUAUUUAAAGAGGAAAUAGUCAUUUCAUUUUUAUCAUUUUGAUGUUUGUGCAUACUAUGACUUAUUUUGAAAACAAUCUAAUUUUCCAUAAAAAAAGGAAAAAAAAAGGCGUGUAAAUAUUGUACAGUUCUUGAUGAAAUUCUUUGUCCUUCUGUACAUUAACUCUCCUGUAUUUGAGAAACAAAUAAAAUCUGCAAAGAACAAA